AAGAACGAAUUGGACGAAAAUAUGAAAGCACCACCAUUUAUUAGAUUAUUAGAUAAAAUCGCAUUUACUUUAGGUUUAAUCGUCUUAUUCAUUUCAGAAUUUGUUUUAUUAAGAAUACCACAAUAUAUGUAUCUUUGGUAUACUAUAUUAAUUUUCCCAUUAAUGGCAAUUAGAUUUAUAAUGUAUCACAGAGACAAAUAUCAUUAUUUCAUGUUGGAUUUCUGUUAUCUCAGUCAAAUUUUAUUAUUGUUUUAUCUUUUUGGCCACCAAUAUGUAUUAGGGGAGCAAGCUACACCAAAUCUUUUCAAAUUAGUAUUCGCUCUUUCCAAUGGACCAUUAGCUUGGGGAACUAUAGUGUGGAGAAAUAGUCUUGUAUUCCAUGACGUUGAUAAGUUAACAUCUGUGUUUAUUCAUCUUUGCCCACCAAUUGUUACUUAUUGUUUACGUUGGUAUCCAAAUGUUUAUCCAUUAGAAACUGCAUGCGGUGGUGUAGAAUGUUAUCUUACAAUGAAGGAAAAUUUCUUGAUGCCUCUUUAUGUUUACUUUUUCUGGCAAACCUUCUAUUACAUUAAAACCGAAGUAGUCGAUAGAAAGAAAUUAGCCAACGAUAAAGAUAUUAUGACAAGCAGUCGUUGGAUGUCUGUUAAACAACCACAUCCAAUCUAUCAAUGGUGUCAAAAUCAUGGUUACAAUGUUAGUCCAGUCGCAAUUUUAAUGUUGGUCCAAUUAUUCUAUACCUUGGGUACUGUUAUCACUGUUCCAUUCAUCAUUAGAUCUUUCUGGCUUCACACUGCUUUCAUGAUUUUUAUUUUCGUCGCCGUCAGUUGGAAUGGUGCCUCAUAUUACUUUGAAGUAUUCAGUGAAAAUUAUAGCUCAAGAUUAAAAUCAGAAAUCAAGAAA